GACGUAAAGCCGGCUGGAAGGCGGGGAUCAAGCUUCCUGUGUGAGAGAGAAAGAUGGCGGCGGCGUGCCUGGUUUUGCGGAGGUCGCUGCGGGGAGCAGUACUGCAAGGGGGACGGGUGGCCUGGCCGGUGGCUCCUCAGGCCAACAUGUCGUUCUCGGCUCUGUCCCGGGGCAGGAAAGUGGCUCUCUCUACAUUGGGUAUUUUGGUCGCUGGAGGCUCCGGUUUGGCAUUUGCUCUCCACCAAUCAGUGAAAGCCAGUGAAUUAGAGCUGCACCCACCCUCCUACCCAUGGAGCCACAGUGGAUUUCUCUCCUCUUUGGAUCAUGGCAGCAUCCGCCGUGGUUACCAGGUGUACAAGCAGGUGUGUGCCGCGUGUCACAGUAUGGAAUACUUGGCCUUUAGGAAUCUCAUCGGCGUCUCCCACACUGAAGCAGAAGCCAAAGCUCUGGCGGAGGAGUUUGAGAUUCAGGAUGGGCCGGAUGAGAAUGGGGAGAUGUUCCUUCGCCCCGGGAAACUGUCCGAUUAUUUCCCCAAACCGUAUGCCAACGAGGAGGCGGCCAGAGCGUCCAACAACGGGGCCCUGCCCCCAGAUCUCAGCUACAUCGCCAACGCCAGGCACGGGGGCGAGGAUUACAUCUUCUCUCUUCUGACUGGUUACUGCGACCCUCCUGCCGGCGUCACUUUAAGAGAAGGACUUUACUACAACCCCUACUUCCCAGGCCAGGCCGUCGGGAUGGCACCCCCUAUUUAUAACGAGGUUUUGGAAUAUGAGGAUGGGACACCGGCCACCAUGUCUCAGGUUGCUAAGGACGUGUCCACAUUCCUGCGUUGGGCUUCAGAACCAGAACACGACCAUCGCAAGCGCAUGGGCCUUAAAGUGCUGAUGAUCUCCUCCAUCCUCAUCCCUCUCAUCUAUUACAUGAAGAGACACAGAUGGAGUGUUCUGAAGUCCAGGAAGAUCGCCUACAGACCCCCCAAGUAACGGAUUGUGCCCCCCUGUGUAUCAGUGGCCUGGGCUAGCGGCUGCAAUGGAGGAGUUGCCCAAACACACGGCCCCUUUGCUCCUCGGAGCAGGAACAUCACAGACGCUGCGUCCGUAGCUCCAUCUUUGCUUUUUUUUUUAUGGGUUUUUUUUUGUCAUAGGGAAUUUUUCUUCUCUGUUAAAGUCCGAAAAGAAGCCCCCCGAGGAGAUAAAGGGACCCGUGCAAAGAAAACAUUGUCUUUUGUCCAUUACUUCCCUUAAAUUAAACAAAAAUAGAUCUUUUAAA